AUGGCGGAAGAUAAGUGUGAUAUCAUUUGGAUUAGGGAAGAAGCAAAUGAAAACAUUCAACUCUCUACAUUACCUUCAUUUUUGCAGGCCAAGACGGAGAUUACCAACACUGACCAUGAAGUAACACGGUCAGAUCAAAUUUUUUCAUCAAAUGAUAAUGACGAAAAAGCAUCUUUGUGCAGUGAUGAAACUAAUUUCACUGAAAUGGAGAAAAAUUUACAAGAGCAUAUGAAACAAGCUAUGGAUUUAAUCAGCGAUUUAUGUAGUUGUUCCGAGAAAAUAACCGAACAGCAGAAUAAAGCACUGCUCAGAUUGAAAGAAGAACAACAAGAAUGGCAAAAAGUCACCGAAAAAAUAGAUGUUAAAAAUGAAAGUAGACAACUUGUUAUCGUCAAGCAAGAAUUGGAGAAGCAGCUAGACGAUCUUAGAAUACAUCAAAAACCAAGUGAACUGACAGUACAAAGCAAAUUUGAUCACAUUUUGUUUCAGACAGAAUGGCAGAGAAUAGAUAGUUUAACAGUUAAUUGCAAGGACUUAUCACAACCGAACAGCGUUGCAUUUUGUCAGAAUACUGACGAAAUUAUUGUAGCUGAUUACAAUACUGGUUUGUUACUCUUUUCUGUACACUCAGGACUCAUAAGAGCAAUUUCCAGCUCUGUAUGGAAAUGGCCACAGUGUGCUGUUUGUACUGCAGAUAAGCAGAUCUUGCUUUCUUCAGUAGUAAGAAUCGAAAUCGAAGGAAAAGCAGUGUGGAGACGGCAGUUAAUGAAAUUUGAUAAUAAAAUGCAGUUCAUUGCAAAAAUCGAAGGACCAAAGUGGAUUGAAGAUGAACCGAUUAGAAAAGAAUACAUGUGCGUUGCACCGAACGGUUACAUAUAUUUGUGUGUUACAGGUGACAAAUUUUCGGCACUCUAUGAACUGACAAGUGAUGGCCAAUGGACAGAACUUUGUUACAGGUGCGACGUCAGAUUUGGAAAUAUACAGAUAUUGGCUGUAAUCGAUUCCAUCACGCAACUUUUAAUAGUAGAACAAAAAAAAGGCUACAUUUGGAUGCUAAGUGUUAGAGAUUCCACAAUAUGCAAAAGAAGUAUCAUUUCUGCAGUCGAAAAGCCUGGUCUGUUGUGCAUCGAUGAUACUGGACAACUUUUCAUUCAUGAUAUUGGUAGAUCCGCAAUCCGUCAAUUAAACACAUGUACGUUUGAGCCAGUUCAGGAUAUUGCUCUUACAUCUAAUAACUUGACUGCUCUCAGUGCUUAUCAUGGAUUUCUUGCAGCCUUAUAUUGUUCCGAGAGAAUUAUUCGUAUUCACCGUUGCCCAUCGUCUGAUAAAAAUAUUUAG